AUGCAGGAGACCGAUAAUUCUUCUACCACUACUACUACUAAUAAUAAUAAUGAAAUACCAUUAAAUUCAUGUAAUAGAAAUAUUUCUUCUUCAUCUUCACACAAAACAAUUUGUUCACCUUCAGAAAAUCCUACUUCAUUUCAUCAAGGAUCAAGUUCAUCUCAGCAAAUAUGUAAUUAUGAUUUAUCGUCAACAACUUAUAAAGACUGGUUAUACAUUAUGAAUCAAUUACAUAAUGCAACUAGUUCACAGCAAUCAUCUAAUCAUCCUCAGUAUCAUAUUGAACCAAAUAAAAUCACACUGUAUACAACAUGUUCAUCACCUACGCUGGCAACAACUAAUCUUAAUUUAUCAACAAAUCGAAUAAAUAAGUUAAAAACUAUGUCUAAUUUCAUCGAGAAACUACCUGAAAACAAGAUGCAAACAUCUUUUUUAAAUAUUAAUAAUUUAAUAUCACAAUAUUACUAUUAUUAUUAUCAUUACGGUUUACAAAAUGCUCAAAAAUUUCUUGAUUGUCAACAAAAUUUAGUCAGUAAUAAAUCAAGGGAAUCUAAUAAUAUUUCAAUAAAUCAAACAGAAUUAAAUGAAGCAAUGGCAAUAAAAGAAAAACAAAAUUCAUUGAAACAUUUAACAACAUCAUGUUGUACAACAUCAUUAUCAACUUUUACUAAAUCUAUUAGUGAAAAUACUCACUUAUAUUCUUCAUCUAAAUAUCCACCGAUUUUGUUUGAAGGUCAAGGAAGAGUUAAUCAACUAGGCGGUAUGUUUAUCAAUGGUAGACCUUUACCGUAUGAAACGCGUUUGAAGAUUGUUGAACUAUCUAGCAGCGGUAUACGUCCUUGUGAUAUAUCAAGGCAAUUAAAAGUAUCACAUGGUUGUGUCAGUAAAAUUCUUCAACGUUACAGUGAAACAGGCAGCGUAAGUCCAGGUGCAACUGGAGGAGCUCGAAAACCAAGAACUAGUCAGUAUCAUCAUCUUCAAAAUACCACGUCAGCAUCAUCUAGCUACAACCAAUCUCAUAAUAACCGAUCAAGGAAUCUUAAUCACAAAUAUUCAAAAUUAAAUCGUUUAAACCAAAAAAAAACUAAAACUGAAGUUUUGCAUAAACGAAAAAUGAAUAAGUCAAAAAUCAGAUUAUCUUCAUCUCAUUGGACUCCAGUUAGUUAUGCUAAUCAACUAAAAACACUAUCAAAUGAUUAUCCUUCAGAAAAGAUGAAAAUACAGUAUACACAUUCAAUGAAUUUAACAUCGCCAAAAUUAUCUGGUCAUCAUCACCUGGAAAUAAAUAGUGGAUACCAUCACCAAUAUGAACAACAAGAGGCUAUAGACUUGUCGAUCAAUAAAAGAUCCAAAUCUGAUUGGUCACAGAACACAAUGACUCCACCAAUAAAUAACAACACUUUGUCAGAUGGCUCUUUUUCAUUUCACUUUCCAACUAACUACUCUACUAAUAUUAAUACAUAUGUUAGUAGUAUAAAUACUCUGCCACAGAAAUACUUGAAACAUUUCGAGACAAAUUUAUUAAGUAAACAAGUUGGGCUAAAUUUGUCCACUUCACUGACUGAUGGAACGCAAAGAUUUGUUCAUUAUUCAAAUGAGGAUAAGUCGUUGAAAAGCAACAGUUGUAGUUCAAUGACCAAUAGACAAACUAAUGAGCCAGAACAUUUACAACAUUCAUUAAAAGAUAGUGAAAAAUUAUAUUCAAUUGAAAACAACCAUAGCACCAGUUGUAUAUUAUCUACACAUUCAUUAUCACCUGAUAUACGCAAACAGGAAAGUGAUCCAAAUAAAUAUUCAGUAAAUUCAGCUACCACUGAAGAGAAUAACACUAUGGAUAGUUGUAGAAACAUUAGAGAAAGCAUUCAGCCAUUUAGUUAUGAAGAUACUCAUAUUCAGAAAGGUUGUACAGAUAGAUUAUAUCAAACUAGUCCAAUUAAUAGUGAUUUAAAUGAUGGUUCAUUGGAAUCACCAUUGUCAAAUGAAGAUAUGAUAGCUGAUUCAAGUGUUUCUGGUAUGAUGGGUAGACGGAACAGAACAACAUUCACGGAGAAACAAGUGGAAUUUCUUGAGUUGGCAUUUCAACAUACGCAUUAUCCUGACCUACAACUACGUGAAACACUUGCUUAUCAAACUAAUUUACCUGAAUGCAAAAUUCAAGUUUGGUUUAGUAAUCGUCGAGCCCGUUGGCGUAAACAAAUCAGUUUCAACUGUCAAAGUACAGUAGAUCCAAUCGGUCAAAUCACUACACCAUGGCAUUGUUUAACAAGAUAUCAAAAUCUUGAAACAUUGGAAUCAAAAAAUGAAACACAACAGAGAAGUCAUCCAAUUAUUCCAUUAUCUUUACUGAGUAUCAAAAAUCAAAUCAAUGAUUUAACAAAUCAACAGUUCAAGGUGUCAACUGAUUCAUUGAACAAUGAAUGCCUCAUUAGAAAUCCGAGUGGUUCAAUUAGAAAUGAAACAACAACAACACCAACAACAACAAGCGAUGAAAAUCACAUUUCACCUUCACUGAAAGAUCAAGUAUUCAAUGAUUAUUGCAGUGCGUUGAUAAAACUCUAUCAAAGUACUCAUUUAAUUUCCAAUAGAAUGGAUUACUAUCGAAAUGAAUUGCUUGAGAAUAUUUGUCGAAAUCCAUAUGAUUCAAAUGAUCCUCGAGGAAAUUUCUCACCUCUAUCAAUUAUUAACCGAACACAUAAAAGAGCUGAGGAGAACUCUGAACACCAACCAAAAAUAGUUGACAGUCAUUUACCUGAUUAUGUAAGCAACAAAUACAUCGAUUUUUCCAAACCAUCAAUUUCGAUUGGAACAGAAAGUUUACAUCUUACAGAAAAGCAAAUCACUAAAGCAGAAAGUGAUCAUCUCCUGGAAAUUUCAUUUCAACCAUCUACACUGAAUCAACAAUCAAAAACUGAUCACACCUCUGAUAUAAAUGAACCUAUUGAACCAGAUUCUACCAUGGAUUAUCAAAAAUCACCUAAUUCAUUUCUUUCAACAAAUUUGUGA